AUGUCCCCUGAGCUCCGAGGCCCCUCGGUGAGGGGCCUGGCCGCUGUGCAGGGCCUGGCUAGGGAAGGUUCUACAGCGCUGUCCUCGCUGGUCCCAUGGAGCUGGCAGUCUCCUGGCGGCAGAGCAGGAUCGUCUGCUUACUUCCAGCCUUUCUUCUGCCUGGGAGUCGGAGUCCUGGAGCAGAGUGUCACCGGCCCCACAGUGGCCACCAGACACCCCUCCAAGGGGCUCUGGGCUGGGUCCUGCAUCAGGGUCCCUGAGACCUCAGCCCUGCAGCAUGCAGGCGGGUCCUCACGCUGGGCUUCCAUGUUGGUGCCACAUGAGAGCCAUUGGGGUCCCUCAGAGGCUUUGCUCCUGUGGCCCCAAUAA